AGUUUGGUCUGAGGUUAUUCACUAUUUAUCGUGCCUCCCUUCCACUUUGCUCAUGCUUCCAUUCCUCGACGAACCGACCCAAAGUCCCUGUCCGUAACAGCCGGACCUCCGAUCCCGGCAUGGAGUCCCCCAAGCCUCCUACAAAUGGUGCAUCUAGCGUCGACAGUCGCAUCUGUCAGAAUGGCUCACAGGCCAGUAUGACAUCUGAGAUCAGGCCGUCGUGGAGGCCGUAUAGAGGCCGUUGGAGAUCGAAAAAGGCGAACCGUAGAGGCACAGACGAACUCGAUGCGACGACGCCCGAAAGUUCUACGGCUCCUAGCGCGCGGCUAAGACGACCACGGCGAAACAAACAAUCUGCUGAGAGGAGAAACCAGGAGGAGACGAAUAUACAAGCAUCGCAGCCUACCAAUACAGGAUCUUAUACACAGGGAAAUCCGGCUCAAAAUGGUCUCAUGAAUUUUGACAACUUCAAUCCGGCUCCAAUGUUUUCAGGAGUUUCGGCUGGCAUGGCUAUGCCAAACGAGAAUGGCCCAGUAUUUCAGCAGCCUUUCUUGCAGUUUCCCUGGGAUCAGCAGCAAUUUCUACCCCAAUAUCCUCCGGGCCAACCUGCACAUAAUCCUUUCGGUUUGCCUACUUGGAAUGACCAAGGCACUUAUGCUGGUCAAUUCCCUCCCAUGCCUCCACCCGCAUUCAUGAACUUUGCUCUUACAAAUCCACUGAUGGCAAUACCCUUUCUCGGCCCUAUGGCCUUUCAAGCAGCGGGCUCUGCUGAGGUGUCCAGCCAACUUCCAGGGUCUCCCUCAACCAAACAGUGUAUAGGAGAUUCCGAGUCGUGGGCAAGCCCGGAAGGAGCACCAAAUGCCGUGAGUGAUUGGCAACCCCGCGACCUGAGACGGGAGGCUGCUAGAGAGUAUAGAGGCAAGGUUCGGACAGGCAAAACUGAGUACCCUGGACAGCCUCGUUCAAAGUCCCCCGAAGUCACGGUGCAACUUAAAAGACCAAUGCCAACAAAGGCCUAUCUUGACCAGUCAUCUCAACCGCCCAAACGAAACUCUUGGUCGCAACCUCUUUUAAUCAUCCUCGAUCUGAAUGGUACACUCGUUCACAGGAAAGACCGGUCGCUGCCGCCUCGAAUCCGGAAAAGGGCAGGAUUAGAGGAUUUUAUAAAAACACUGAUGCAGAAAUACAAGGUCAUGGUAUGGUCGAGUGCUCGCCCCCCCACCGUUGACGGCGUCUGCCGACAGUUGUUCUUGAACAAGAGUCGCACUCGACUCGUUGCAGAAUGGAGCCGAGAUCACUUCAACCUACCCAAGAAGCAAUAUAACGCCAAGAUCCAGGUCUAUAAGACCCUGGGCACCGUAUGGGCCGAUGAAGGCAUACAGGCUUCGUAUCCUGGCCUCCGCGAUCUGAAAGCCCCGGUGCCCGAUACGUUUGAAAAGGCCCGUUGGGACCAGACCAAUACCAUCCUGAUCGACGACACUAUAUUCAAAGCAAGCAGCGAACCGCAUAAUCUCCUCGAGAUCCCGACAUUCGACGAAUCUGCAGGGCCGGAGGACGCCACCACCUUGGCCAAGGUCCUGAGGGUGCUCGAGGAAUUGGCUAAACACGACGAUGUCAGCCAGGCACUCCACCACUGGCAGCCUCCCAUCCCUAAUGGGGGCAGCAUUCUCGACCUUGACAUUGAACAUGACGACGGUCGACCCCACGGCCCACCCACCCUUGCUGAGGUCACCGAAGCCCGUAAGCAACGGCGCAAAGCCCGCAAACGCGAGAAGGCUGCUGAAAAUCGAAGGGCGCGCCAGAAUAAGAAGCUAGAAGAGCGCUACGCUGCAAAGGUCAAAGAGCCUCCCACCACAAUGCCAACCGCCAUCAUCUCGGCAGAAAGUGCAACAGCCGGGGCUGACACCACCCCCGUGCACCCUUCUUCCUCUUCCUCUCCUCCCCCAUCCCCUGCAUCUUCAAUCUCAUUCCCUGAUUCGACUGCUGGCGGCGCGACCAUUCCAACAGCACAGGGUAAAGCUAAUGCCGCCACUCACGUAAGUGAUUCAACCAACCGUUCACCAUCUCCAGCGCCGUCCACUCAAUCUGAGAAUUUUCUUCUCGAUCGGUUAGAGGAGUCACUGAAGAACGUCUAAGCGGUUGAAUCCAGACCAGGGCGACUGUGUCAUUUUGUUCCUUUCUUUUAUCUGUUCUGGUCUUCUGGUUUGGGAGUAUAUAUU